UUUCUUCUUCUUUCAGAUACCUCAACAAAAUCUCCCGCCCUUAUACCCUAUCCCAGUUGGGAGGCCCAUAGCUUGGACGAUACAGAUCCAGAGCUGGUAUCACCUUUUCGAGUACGUGCCGAUCGUUGUGGUCGUUUGUGGGUGUUGGAUUCUCGUCUCGAUGGCGUUCUCGAAGAUACACAAAUCUUUGGCCCCGCUCAGUUGUUGGUCUACGAUCUGCACAACGAUGAUUUGCUGAGACGCCACAUCUUUCCCGCCAAUCAAGUGAAGGAGAAUUCGUUUUAUGCCAAUUUGGCCAUUGAAGAUACGGAUUGUGAUAACACCUUUGCCUAUGCUGGAGAUUUGGGUAAUCCUGGUCUGGUGGUGUACUCAUGGAAGCAGGAAGAAUCAUGGCGUGUUCAACAUCACUUCUUCCAUCCCGAUCCAAUGUCGGGUAAUUUUAGUAUUGGUGGCCACAUGUUCCAAUGGGAUGAUGGCCUGUAUGGAUUGUCUUUGAGCAAGGCACAGGAUGAUGGGUUCUCAAUGCUGUAUUUCCAUCCUCUAACUUCGGUCAUGGAAUUUUCGGUGAAUACUAAAAUUUUGCGUAACAAAACCUUGGCCACAGAGGGGAAAAUUUAUCGGGAAUUUAAAGUGCUGGGUUCGCGUGGCAUUAAUGCCCAAUCGGGUGCCUCAUUUUUGGAUAAGGAGACAGAUGUUCUAUUCUACACCCUGCCGAAUUUAAAUGCCGUUGCUUGUUGGAAAACUACGAGUGUGGAAUAUAGCCCGAAGUCUCAGGGUCGUGUUUAUAUGCACCCCGUUGAAAUGUUGUUCCCUUCGGAUGUGAAAGUUGAUGGGAAGCAUAACUUAUGGGUCCUGUCAAAUCGUUUACAAGAAUUUAUCUAUGGCGAAUUAUUUCCUAAUUCUGUGAAUUUCCGUAUUCUCACAGCUACGGUGAGGGAUGCCAUAGCCGAUACGGUGUGUGAAGAGGGUUUGAUGAGAACCGUCAUUGAUAAUUCGAAUAAUUUGGGCCAAGGAUCAAUGCCCAGAGAUUUUAAUGUGUACAGCAAUCAGCAUCAUCAUAAUCAUGAUCAUGCACAUCAUCAUCACCAUGGUGAUCAUCAAAAUAGUGCCGGAUCGAUAUUAGAGUUGACCAAUAAAUAA